AUGGUCGGCUUCAAGCGUUUUGCAAUGCUCGCAGCCGCGGCUUGCGCCAUCGCCGCCCCCACCCGCCACGAGGAGCGUGCUGAGGCCACCGCCCAGACUGUUGACGGCAGCUACAUCAUCACCCUCAAGAACACUGUCAGCCCCGAUCGCCUCACUUCCCACUUGAGCUGGGUCAACAAUGUCCACUCUCGUAGCCUCGACCAGCGUCAGUUCACCGGAGCUGAGCGCACCUACUCCUUCAGCAGCUUCCUUGGAUACUCUGGCAAGUUCGACGAUGCCACCAUCGAGAUCAUCAAAAACAGCCCUGAUGUUGCUGCCGUUGAGCGCGACCAGAUCUGGACCCUGUCUGCCAUUGUUACCCAGUCCGGUGCUCCUUGGGGUCUGGGUACUAUUUCCCACCGCACCUCUGGAUCUACCCAGUACGUCCAUGACAACCUCGCUGGCACUGGCACCUUCGCCUACGUUGUCGACUCCGGCAUCAACAUUGCCCACACCAACUUCGGCGGCCGCGCCUCGCUCGGCUACAACGCUGCCGGCGGUGCUCACACUGACACCCUCGGCCACGGGACUCACGUCGCCGGCACCAUCGGCUCCACCACCUACGGUGUCGCUAAGCUUACCUCCCUGAUCUCCGUCAAGGUCUUCGUCGGCAACUCCGCCUCUACUUCCGUUAUUCUCGCCGGUUACAACUGGGCCGUCAACGACAUCACUACCAAGGGCCGCGCCGGCAAGUCUGUCAUCAACAUGUCCCUCGGUGGCCCCAGCUCCACCGCCUGGACUACUGCCAUCAACUCGGCCUAUACCGCCGGUGUCACCACCGUCGUUGCUGCCGGUAACGAGGCCCAGAACGCUGCCAACGUCUCCCCUGCCAACGCUGCCAACGCCAUCACUGUCGGUGCCAUUACCAGCACGUGGGCCAUUGCCUCGUACUCCAACUACGGCACCGUCCUCGACAUCUUCGCCCCCGGUAGCUCCAUUCUGUCCACCUGGAUCGGUUCCACUACCGCUACCAACACCAUCUCCGGUACCUCCAUGGCCUCUCCUCACGUUGCUGGCUUGGUCAACUACCUUCAGUCUGUCGAGGGCCUGGCUACCCCUGCUUCCAUUGUUGCUCGCAUCAAGGCUCUCGGCACCCCCAAUAAGAUCACCGGCACCCUGAACGGCAGCCCCAACCUCAUCGCCUACAACGGUGCUGGUGCGUAA